CCUGGCGCUGGAGAGAGUCAUGAACUUUGGAUGGUUGGCUCUCCAAAGGCCUUUCUGGCCAGGAAUGUUGAUAAUGCUGAGGUGAAGCAUAUUGGUAACCGCCUUGAUGUUCAGAAGUAGGCACAGUAGAUGUUGGGGGAGGUGGAUAUGCAUGGGGUGGAUAGGGAGGAGAGGCACCAGGUGAUGGCGAAGGGUAACCAUAGUCGAAAGAACUGGAGUGAUGGAGAGUGGGAGCUGGAGGUGCUGACGGAGCUGAUGGAUAGGGAUGAUAGUUAUAAUGACCAGAAUGUUGUGUGUUGUAAGGGGGAGGAUAUUGAGGGGAUUGAUAUGGAUAGGGAUAUGCACCAGAACCUUGUGGAGGAUAUGCACCAGAACCUGGUGGAGGAUAAGCACCAGAACUGGGAGGGGGGUAUGGUUGAUUUGAAGGUGGUGGAGGGUACCCAUAACCAGUGUUAUGUGGGUAUGAAUGUGAAGAAUUGUUAUAAUUGUCCAUCAGUACACACUACCAGGUUGCACUAUUCUUGUUCUUUGGUGUACGCUAACAUACAAACUGAUCAAACCUAAACAAUAAAUCAAGAAACAAGACGGUCUGUCCAAGAUCCUGAAUUUUACCCAAAUUCAACACACCAUUACAAGAAACAAGGCUUAAACAAACCUCCUUGCCCCUUUAGGAAGAGGGGAUUGCCAAAGAUAGAUGUUCUAGACGAAAUGCAUAAAAUUGAUCAUGCGAAGAAAUCGAUUUCAUCAAAUGGGAUCCUUGAAUCUUGAAAUAUAUUCAUAAUG